GCCUUAUUCACCGACCUCGUGUGAUACGAGCCGUCAGGUGUCUUAGUAAACAAACAAUCUUUUGUCUCACAAUAUCGCCGUUUCUGAAUCGCAAUCAUGGCGACUACGUUUCCGAAUAUCUACACGCUCCGCAAAGUUGCUGAGACAGCGGCCAAAGCAUGCGAUAUCUGCUACAAGUCGAGCACCUCAGUGCUAAUCACACCUGAUCAAAAGGAUUUCUUCUUUGUUUGCCCGGUUCACCUCAAGGAUCGGUACUUUUGCACGCCAAAGAUUGAUGAGGAGGCUGCGAAGAGGAAGAGGGAGAAGGAGUUAGAGGAGGAGAAGGAGAGGGUUAAGAAAGAGUACGAGGAGAAGCAGAAGAAGAAGAAAGAAAAGGAAGAGAAGAAGGAGAAAGAAAAGGAUAAGGAUAAGAAGGAAAAGGAUGGGGAUAAGGAGAAAGACAAGGAGGAUAAAGAUGAGAAGAAGGAUGAAGACAAGGACAAGGAAGACAAAUCCCCCCCUCCUGAGGAAGAGCCUCGUGUGUUUGAGCUGAAAACGGCCUUUUACCAGCAAAGAUUGUUGAAGAAGCGGCAAGCCGAGGCUGCAAAAGCUGAUCGGGAACGAGCAUCAAAGCCUGGCUAUUUUCCUUCUGUGCCCUCUGAUGCGCCCAGUCGAUAGUAGGAGACGGCGAUGCCGGUGUUGGAGUUUGAAAGGAGGCUUUUGUGCGGCGGCUAUCAUUGACUGUCGUGUUAGGACGGCGAGCUAGGCUAAACUUAACAUGAUCAAAUUUUGAAAGCUCACUAGGCAAGGUGUUGAGGAUUUUGAGCAUACGGCAACUCUCAUAAAGGGUUUGCGAACCUUGGGAAUACUGGGCAAGCCAGCCCGUUUAAGUCAAGGUAAGGAAAGGUACCUAUCAAGCGGAAACGCACUUCAUCCUACCUACUUACCUAGUAGGUAACCUACCCGUCAAUUUAGCUACCUUC